GUUUGUAGAAACUCCGAGCCACUUCUCCUGGAAGGAGAGUUACUACCGGUCGGCCAUGUCCCAGAGCUCUCAGCCCAGGGAGUUCCUUAGCCCAGAGGUGCUCCAGCAUAUCUGGGAUUUCCUGGAACAGCCAAUAUGCUCAGUUCAGCCGAUCGAUCUGAACUUCAUCGAUAGCCCAUCUGAAAAUGGCCCUACAAAUAAAAUUGAGAUCAGCAUGGACUGCGUCCGGGUGCAGGAUACGGAGCUGAACGACCCAAUGUGGCCGCAGUACACGAACCUGGGGCUCCUGAACAGCAUGGACCAGCAGAUCCAGAACGGCUCUUCCUCCACCAGCCCCUACAACGCGGAGCACGCGCAGAACAGCGUCACGGCCCCCUCGCCUUACGCCCAGCCCAGCUCCACGUUUGACGCCCUCUCGCCCUCCCCGGCCAUCCCUUCCAACACAGACUACCCAGGACCUCACAGCUUCGACGUAUCAUUUCAGCAGUCCAGCACAGCAAAAUCGGCGACGUGGACG